GACCAGAACAGUGUGGCUCGAGUUAAACGAUGUGCAAGAAGAAGAAGAGAUGAAGCGCGGUGGAAUCAGACGGAAGCGAUUGUUCGGGAGGACGAUUCUCUUCACAUCUAUUGUGUUCUUUAUCGGUUUCGGUUUGCUUCUCUUGACGCUACGCUCCGUGGAUGAUCCUAACUCCUCCUCCUUCAUCGAUGACGACGACGACGACGCCGUUUCGGACGAGGAUAACGCGAGGUGGAUCAAUUCUUCCACCGUGGUGGAAGCCAAGGUCGACGGAGGGAGGCUCUGCGCGACGGUGGAGGAGAUGGGAAGCGAGUUCGACGGUGGUUUCGUGGAUCAGAGCCUCAGAGUUCGAGAUGUUAUCCGUCGCCAUUUUCACCUCAACGGGGCUGCAGCAGUUCGUGAGCUAGCUCCGGAGCAGUUCUGUCGACAUGGUUAUGUUCUUGGGAAGACGGCAGAGGCUGGUUUCGGGAACGAGAUGUACAAGAUCUUGACGUCGGGAGCGUUGAGCAUAAUGUUGAACAGAUCAUUGAUCAUUGGCCAGACCAGGGGAAAAUAUCCAUUCGGUGAUUACAUUGCUUACUCCAAUGAUACAUUUACACUGUCUGAAGUGAAGCACCUGUGGCGACAAAAAGGCUGCGUGAAGAAGUACGGAAGGCGGCUUGUAAUGAGGUUGGAUGAUUUUGAGAAGCCGGCUAAGAGUAAUGUGUUGUGUAGCAAUUGGAAGAAGUGGGAGGAAGCUAUUAUAUGGUUUCAAGGCACAACAGACGCUGUGGCGUCUCAGUUUUUCCUCAAGAACGUGCAUCCUGAAAUGAGAGCUGCUGCAGUUGAGCUGUUUGGCGAGCAAGGAAGCUCGACACCACGAGCGAAUGUGUUUGGAGAGCUGAUGAUGAGUCUUAUAUCUCCUACUAAAGAUGUGAAAGAUGCAGUGGAUUGGGUUCUACGAGAGACUGGAGAUCCUGAUAUUUCAUUACACAUGCGAAUGCUGAUGAGCAAAUCUGUUAGACCUCUGCGUGCAGCAGUGAACUGCCUAGGGAAAGCAGUUAACAGGCUUGGCGUAACGAAACCAAGAGUGGUUAUAGUCUCUGACACGCCAUCUGUAGUGAAAAAUCUCGAACUAAAUAUCAGCUCAAUUGCUGAGGUUCUGCAUUUUGACUAUAAGCUUUUCCGAGGGGACAUUGCUCAACGUGGACGUGGGUUACCAAUGUUAGACUUCAGAAUAAAAGAUUGGGGUCCAGCACCGAGAUGGGUUGCGUUUGUAGACUUCUUCCUCGCCUGCCGUGCAAAACAUGCUGUGAUCUCAGGUGCUCACAGACGAGUCGGUACCACUUAUGCUCAGUUAGUUGCUGCUCUAGCCGCCGCAAACAGUCUCGAGGACGGUUCGAGCAACUCGAGCUUUGCGUUCUUGAGUAGUUUCCAGAGCAAUCUGUUAGCAGAUGGUCUGAAGAACCAGGUGGGCUGGGGACAUGUCUGGAACCGAUACGCUGGUCCACUGAGCUGUCCGAAGCAGCCAAACCAAUGCGCCUUCACGCCGCUUGCACCUCCAGGUUGGUGGGACGGUUUAUGGCAGUCGCCAAUACCAAGGGACGCUCGUAAGCUUGCGGCUUAUGGCGUUGAGCUUUCCGGGUUUGGUACGGUUAAUGAAGACCGUCUCCAUGCCUUUUGUAACGCCAAGAAAGCCUACUUAAGCACUGUAACGAUCGUUUAGUAACUUGUUGAAAAACUCUUUUUUGGCCUCUUGGUUUAAUGUAGUAGUUACUGGUUUUUA